AUGACUGCUCCCAGCGAAACGAGAGACGAGGUCCUCGGGAUGGCGGCGGACACGGAGGAGAUGAAGAACCAGGUUGCCGUCAUCCUGGGGGACCUCCAAACAAGAUAUCCCAAGUAACUUUACCUCAUCUCAUCCACUGUUGUAUUGGUUGCUUGCUUGCAUUGCAGGUGCAGGUCGUGCUGAAGAAGUGAGAAGAAAGCACUCGUGACAAGUAUAAAUAUGUUUGUGUUGCAUUCGUUUCGUUUGUGCUGUGUAGGCAAUUAGUAUGGGAUUUGAAACGCCACUGCCAGCACUAAGCACGUUUUACUUUUAGCAGAAGAUGAUGGUAUAAUCUUGCCCAUUGUGCAUAAGAUAAUUAUCCACCUGGAGGGAGCGAGGAAGUCGGCACGGGGUGCGCGAAAGCCGGACGAGGUGGAGAGGGAGACAUUGGACUGCGGAAAGAUUUUUUUAAUUGUCGUGAACUUGGUACUUGCGGUGCUCUGCUUGUACCUGUUCAGCGAGGUCCAAAAUCUGCAAGGAGCACUAGGCGACUUGUGGGAGCUCGUCCAGCUCGAAGGAGACAAGAAAAAUUAAAUUGUACUUCGAAUUUUAUUUGGAAUCGUUUUUGGUGCUUCAUUUCUGUACACAAGAUUGCGUUGAAGAAAAAUUGCAAGACAUUCAAGAAUGACUGGACUGUACACAAGAAAAAUUGCAAGAUAUGGCUUGUCGGAGGUAUGAAAG